ACUUUCCCACCGCCACCUUCAGGUCCUCCCCCUGCAGCCGCCGCUCGCUCGGGCGCAGGAGCGACCGCGUUCCCGGGAACCGAGGCACCAGCACCGGCCCGGGAGCCCCGAGGACUGUGAUAUGGAUUUAGAGCUCCAGGACUUUUAUAACAAGACACUUGCCACUGAGAACAGUACUGGGGCCCCUCGGAGCUCUGAUUUCCCAGUGUGGGAUGACUAUAAAAGCAGUGCAGAUGACCUGCAGUAUUUUCUGAUUGGACUUUAUACAUUUGUAAGUCUUCUUGGUUUCAUGGGGAAUCUCCUUAUUUUAAUGGCACUCAUGAGAAAGCGUAACCAGAAGACUACAGUAAACUUCCUCAUAGGAAAUUUGGCCUUCUCUGAUAUCUUGGUUGUGUUGUUUUGCUCACCUUUCACACUGACCUCCGUCUUGCUGGAUCAGUGGAUGUUUGGCAAAGUCAUGUGUCAUAUUAUGCCUUUUCUUCAGUGUGUUUCAGUUCUGGUCUCAACUUUAAUUUUAAUAUCAAUUGCCAUUGUCAGGUAUCAUAUGAUAAAACAUCCUAUAUCUAAUAAUUUAACGGCAAACCAUGGCUACUUCUUGAUAGCUACUGUCUGGACGCUAGGUUUUGCGAUUUGUUCUCCUCUUCCAGUGUUUCACAGUCUGGUGGAACUUCAGGAAACAUUUGGCUCAACAUUGCUGAGCAGCAGGUAUUUAUGCGUUGAGUCGUGGCCAUCCGAUUCAUACAGAAUUGCUUUUACAAUCUCUUUAUUGCUAGUUCAGUAUAUUCUGCCCUUGGUGUGUCUAACCAUAAGUCAUACCAGUGUCUGCAGGAGUAUAAGCUGUGGGUUGUCCAACCAAGAAAGCAAACUAGAAGAAAAUGAGAUGAUCAACUUAACUCUUCAUCCAUUCAAAAAGAGUGGGCCUCAGGGGAAACUUUCCAGCAGCCAGAAAUGGAGCUAUUCAUUCAUCAGAAAACACAGAAGAAGAUACAGCAAGAAGACAGCGUGUGUGUUACCUGCUCCAGCAAGACCUUCUCAAGAGAACCAUUCAAGAAUGCUUCCAGAAAACUUUGGGUCUGUAAAAAGUCAGCUCUCGUCAUCCAGUAAGUUCAUACCAGGAGUCCCCACCUGCUUUGAGAUGAAACCUGAAGAAAACUCAGACGUUCAUGAAAUGAGAGUAAACCGUUCGAUCAUGAGGAUAAAAAAGAGAUCUCGAAGUGUUUUUUAUAGACUAACCAUAUUGAUAUUGGUGUUUGCUGUUAGCUGGAUGCCACUACACCUUUUCCAUGUGGUAACUGAUUUUAAUGAUAACCUUAUUUCAAAUAGGCAUUUCAAGUUGGUGUAUUGCAUCUGUCAUUUGUUAGGCAUGAUGUCUUGUUGUCUGAAUCCUAUUCUGUAUGGAUUUCUUAAUAAUGGGAUCAAAGCUGAUUUAAUUUCCCUUAUACAGUGUCUUCAUAUGUCAUAAUCCCAAAUGUUUAUCAAGGAAAGAACAAAUGUUGGGAUGGUCUAAAACACAUUCACAAUAACUAUGUAUAGUAAACACGUUUUAGUAACAUGAAAUUCAAUUUAUGUAUAAGAGUUCUGGAUUUGAAUGUCACUUCAUAAUAUAUGGAAGAUAAUUUUCAUGUGUUAUAUAUAAUAUGAUGAGUUCAUUUAGUUACAUAAAGUCAAUGUUAGUACACUCUGUAAUUUCAUUUUAAAUAUGGGGCAUCUGGGUGGCUCAGUCGGUUGAGCGUCCGACUUUGGCUCAGGUCAUGAUCUCGCAGUCCGUGAGUUUGAGCCCUGCGUCGGGCUCUGUGCU